AAGGCUGCAAGAAUGAAGGCUGCUGCGAGGAUAGUGACGCACGAUUGUCUCCUCUCUGCUCGGUCAUUGGCUGGCGGGCCCGCCCGUCACUGAGCUCAGGUUUAGGGAUAUGCCAUCAGGGGCAGAUUAUGAAGCAAGCCUCGUCUCCGGCGGUCCCGCUCUGCUCGUCUCCAUGGCUGAACGCAGGCUCUCCACGCUUUUCUCGCUGUUUGUGUUUGCGCUCGUGCAGCCGUCCUCGCCCUUCAACCAAGUGCCUGCCAUCCUGGACAGGAGCUCGGAGGUCCCCCCAUAUCCAGCCAUCAGAAUUAGAUCAGAUGGAGUAGGCGUUGAGAGUCCAAGUGCCUCACACGAGGAGAGUUACUCGCCUGCAGCUGAAAAUCCACUCCGAAGAAUACUGCAGCCCUAUGGAUGGCAUUUGCACGCUCAGCCCAGAACUAAAAGGAAGCUACUUCAGUCUACAAGCUCGGGGCCAUACUCUCCUCUGAAUGUAGCUUACAAUGGCAAGAUAUGCAUCCUAUUCAAGGCCAAGAGGCUGGCCAUUCGCUACAGAAACAACACCUUUCUGGACCUCACUGAAAGGGUGUUCGGACCCAAUGCCCCUGUGGACACCAAAGGAUCAGUAUGCACCAAAGAGAAAGCCACCCUUUCUCUACGUUUGGGAGAUGUAGAGGAUAUCAAGGGACUUGUCAUCAGGCUCCAGAUGUCCAACACGUUCUACGAGUCGGCAGGCCAAAACUGGUUCACACUCGACAGCGUUCACAUCCACUACAACUGGUCCCACGAAGCCACGUUCAAUGCCACAGAGGUGUACGCCCCUGCCACCUAUUCUUAUCACUGCCAGCAUGUCAGCAGCUUACAGAAAUAUGACACCCUACUGGUGCCCAGCUCGCACACCGACAGCUCUGCAAACUGGCACAUCACUUUUACUGACUUCCAGAUUCAGGCCUUCAACGUGCAGUCUAACAAAUUUGCCUCAGCUAGUGACUGUGCCACCUUCUUCACACCAGCCAUCCUGAUGGGACUCAUCACAUCUCUCAUUCUGCUGCUGGUGCUGGCCUACGCCCUGCACAUGGUGGUCCAUCUGAAGCACAUCGACCGUUACGAGGAGCACAAGACUACUGUCUACUUUCCACGCACACCCGAGGCCGAGCUGCCUGACAAGAACAGUCUGUAGGGGAGGCAAAUGGCGGUGCCACCUAUGGGUCAGCCACGGACCUGCGAAAGACCAGGAAGGACUAGAGGACAGAGGGUUGCCUCUCCUGAUUCUGGAUGACUGCACCGUGCUCUCGGUCUGACUGCUGCCUGGCACUAAACCUCUUGAUUGGCGUCUAGUAUUAAGGCAGGAGCUGAUUUUGAUCUGCUGAAUCAGGUGUUUAAUCCCAGGCUGGAGCCAAAACCCUGGACACAACUCGCUUAUCCAAGACCAGGACCGGGAAGCCUACGGAGAAGGAGCGUUAAACUGUGAAAUGGAACUUCCGUAGACAAAGAAGGAGCAAUAAACUGUGAAAUGGCCUUUCAAUGGAACGCAGCUAGAGCAGACUUUUCAAGCACUGAAACUGGCUGGAAACAUGUACUGUGGUUAGGAAUACACUGUUUGAAUAUCAAAGAGGUUUGUGAACCUAGAAGACAAGGAGAAAAAGACCCAUGAAUCGACAGCGACUGUGAUCUGGUCUGAAACGCACAGUUCCUUUUUUUUACACUGCAGCGCAAAAGUCACAGUGUCAUUCAACAGGAACUGAGUCCAUGGACGGUAGAAGUUACUGAAAUGCCAAUUACAAAAACAAAACAUUUUAUGACUGCCAAAGGAGCAACAUAGUUUGUCAGCCUUGAAACAUCACUUACAGUAGUAAUGUGAAAGAGAGACAUACAAAAGGAAACAAGCCCUACAUGUACAGUGCUAAGUAACUCUACUGUAGUUUUUUAAGACUUCAAAUACUAUCGAGUACAGUAGAUUCAGGAAUUCAUAAAAUGCUCAUCGUCUCAAAAUACGCAGUGUAGCCACUGUAGUUGUUUAGACCUAGAUUCAUACACUACAUGGCCACUUAUUUUACUAUUACAAUCUGCAAGUAUUACAUAACU